CCAGAUAGUGUUAGCAAUUUAGUAAAACUUGCCUCAAAUGAGUUCAUGCUUUCUAUGGAGGUAACACCUCAUUUCAUAUGAGUUUUCGUUUACUCCACCUUAAUACACUAUAUUUUACUGAGGUUGGGCUAGGGAUGUUCAUCUUCAUGUUUGGCAGUGCAGUGGCUUAUCCAUCUCAAAAAGCACACAGAUAGCUAUAGCUUUAACUAGUCAAUUCUGAAUAUAUGUCUGAUUCAUUGGGUCACAUUCAUAACCCUCUCUUCAUCUCUAAGGCAUUACGAUCAGUAAUGGAGCGCGCUGGCGUCAGCUCAGGAGGUUCACACUCACUACACUGAGAGAUUUUGGGAUGGGACGCAAGCGGAUGGAGGGGUGGAUACAGGAAGAAAGCAGACACUUGCUGGAUACCAUCAAUGAAACAAAUUCUGCUCCAGUUGACCCCACGUUCUACCUGAGCAGAGCCGUGUCCAACAUCAUCUGUGCACUGGUGUUUGGUCAACGCUUCAGUUAUGAAGAUAGACACUUCCUACAUCUGCUCCAGGUCUUCACUGGAGUACUGCAGUUUGGCAGCAGCACAUGGGCACAGCUGUAUAAUAUCUUUCCAUGGCUGGUUGAGCUACCUCCUGGUAAGCAUCUCAAAGUUAUGAACGAUGUGGAUGAAGUCAUGGACUUUUCUAGGGGCAAAGUACCAGAGCACAAGGACAGUUUGGACCCCGAUAACCCACAAGACUUCAUUGACUGCUUCCUGAUCCGACUCAAACAGGAAAAGGACAAUCCCAGUACGGAGUUUCACUAUGAAAAUUUGAUAGCCAGUGUCUUAAACAUAUUCCUGGCUGGGACUGAGUCCACAAGCACUACUAUCAGAUAUGCUAUCAUGUUACUGAUCAAGCACCCUGAAAUACAGACUCGCAUGCAGAAAGAGAUUGACACUGUGAUUGGACGAGAGAGAAGCCCUUCAUUGGAAGACAGGAAGUCCCUCCCAUUUACUCAUGCAGUAAUCCAUGAAGUGCAGCGUUAUAUCGAUCUCGUUCCGCUCAAUUUUCCUUAUUACACCACACAUCAGAUUACAUUCAGAGGCUACACAAUUCCAAAGGUAAUGAUGAACAAAUUAUUUAAAAAGCAGGGUAAGAGGUCCUGUGUGGGCAAGUUUCUGGCGCGUAUGGAGCUAUUUAUUUUCCUGGUGUCUCUGCUGCAACAUUUCACCUUUACCACACCUGGAGGACCUGAGAGCAUUGACUCCACUCCUGAAAUCAGUGGCUUUGCCAACCUGCCUCGCAAAUACCAGCUCAUCGCUACCCCCCGCUGA